CCAAGCAGCCUUGCAGCCGCUUGCACGAGAAGUCUGCAGAGAGAGAGAGAGGAGCAAUCCCGCUGCAGAGAUGCAACUUUUAUUAGCUGCGCGCUCUGGAUGAUGAACAUUUCUUCCUGAAGAAUCGGCUUCUUUUGUUAUUUCUGCCCGGUGGAACAAGCCCGGAAAACAGACGGCGGAGAUGAAGAGAGAGUGUCAUCUAAUUGGGAUGAGAGUUCAAGUCAAGUGAGCGGGCAGAUUGGACCCUUAAAUCCUCUUAGCGCCGGUGGUGGCAGGAAAAGGAGAGUGUUCCUGUGAACUAUGUGGAUUUGUGCGCUGACAUCUAGACAGGAGGGGCUGACGAGGUGAGCGCAAAUGCGGUCCGGUGGGCUCGUGGAGGCGCAGUAGCUGGGACAGGGGGGGAGGAGGGAGAGGAGUCACGGCGGGUUCCAGUUCUCUCAACGCGAUGAAGUUGCCUUAUGGGAGUUUGAGGGUUUGAGUCUGAGGAAGAGGAGACCUGCGCGCAGAGAAGACGCAGGAGGAGGAGAAAGAAGAAGAGGGAGAGAGAGAGAGAAAGAGAGAGAGAGAGAGGAGUGCCACCACCAGCGCCGGAGCGCACAGCCUACUGUUCCAGUUCUCUCCAGUUCCCUGGACGCGGGGAUGGAGAGCACCAGAGCGCACGGGAGAACUCCGAUGGAUCCUGGAAGCGGAGGCGUAAAGCUCCCGAGGACGCGCCUCCACCUGCUACGGGCCGUGAUUCUUCUCGCCGUCCUGACGCUACAGCCGCGGGCUGUGCGCGCCGCCGGGAUGUUCGAGCUCCAGAUCCGUCACUUCCACAACCCGCACGGCCUCCUGCAGGCCGGAGACUGCUGCGACCUGCAGGCCGGCGGUGGCGGCGGCGGCGGCGGCCAGCGCUGCUCUGCCUGGGAUCAGUGCGACACCUUCUUCCACGCCUGCCUCAAGGAGUACCAGGCCCGGGUGGCCCCCACGGGGACCUGCACCUUCGGAUCCAGCACCACGGGCGUCCUGGGCGGAAACUCCCUGUCGCUCCGGCACCGAGGACACGAACCCGGAGGAGGAGAGGACGGGACUAACGGACACAUCUCCAUUCACUUCAAAUAUGCCUGGCCAAAAUCUUUUUCUCUGGUGUUGGAGGCUCUGGACCACGACAACGACACGACGGAACCAGGUCAGCUGAUUGAGCGCAUCCUCCUCUCCUCCAUGCUGAACCCGGGUGAACAGUGGCAGACGUACCGCCACCACGGACGGAUCCUCGGCUUGGAGUAUCGGCUCCGCUUCCGCUGCGACUCCAACUACUACGGGCCGUACUGCAACAAGUUCUGCCGGGCCAGAGACGACUUCUUCGGCCACUUCAGCUGUGACCCGAGUGGCUCCAAGGUCUGCAUGGAGGGCUGGACAGGACCGGAGUGCAAAGAGGCCGUGUGCAGACAGGGAUGCCAUCAGACUCAUGGUUCUUGCACUGUCCCUGGAGAAUGCAAGUGUCACUACGGCUGGACGGGUUCUCUGUGUGAUCAGUGUGUGACGUUUCCCGGCUGUGUGUACGGGAGCUGCGCCGAGCCCUGGCAGUGUGUGUGUGACGUCAACUGGGGAGGUCUGCUGUGUGACAAAGAUCUUAACUACUGUGGGACACACCAGCCCUGUCUAAACGGCGGGACCUGCACCAACACAGAGCCAAACGAGUAUCAGUGCGAGUGCCAGGAGGGUUUCAGAGGACGCAGCUGUGACAUCGUGGAGCACGCCUGCCUGUCGUCGCCAUGUGCGAACGGCGCCACCUGUGUCGAAGACCCCAACGGCUUCAGCUGCGUCUGCUCCGAAGGCUGGACCGGAAACACCUGUGCAGACGCGGUGCGGCAAUGUGAUCGUAACCCCUGCGGACGUGGAGCGACUUGUCAGGAGGCUCCUGGGAGUUUCCGGUGUCUCUGUCCACCAGGAUGGACCGGCAGGACAUGCCAGCUGGAUGCCAAUGAAUGUGAAACGAGUACGUGCGUCCACGCCCGCUCUUGUCGCAACCUGAUCGGCAGCUACCUGUGCGACUGCCUGCCUGGAUGGACGGGGCCGAACUGCGACAUCCGGAACAGCAGCUGUCAGGAUUUGUGUUUGAAUGGUGGCCAUUGUGAGGACCUGGUGUCAGGGUCCACAUGUGUGUGUCCCACUGGUUUCACUGGGAAAUAUUGCCAAAAUGGUUUGGGUCCCUGUGACAGCAACCCGUGUCUGCACGGAGGACAGUGCGUGGCGACGGAGGGAGAGACGGCCACCUGCGACUGCCCUCUGGGAUAUUCGGGGAACUCCUGCGAGAUAGCAUUUGAUCCUUGCAAUCCUAACCCCUGCCAGCAGGGGGUGCAGUGUCACAGCUCGGAGGGAAGAUUCAUGUGCGCUUGUCCGGACGGUUAUCAUGGCAACGAGUGUGUGAGCCUCAGAAAUCCUUGUGUUGAACAGGAUUGUCAAGGCGCCAUGUCCGACACGACCCACGGCGGCCUCAGCCUCUACAUGAUCCUGGUGGGAAUCCUGGCUCUGGUGACCAUCUGUGGCUGCGUGGUCUGCACCGUCGUCUUCUCCUACCUGCAUCGGAAGAGGAAAAAGCAGCAGUCCGUCCCGCAGGAGGAAGGCAUCAACAACCAGAGGGAGUUUGUCAACCUGAUCAGAAACGUGGACCGCCCGCCUGGACCCUCGCAGCCCCCCGCCGCCGCCACCAACACAUCGCCUCACCUUCACCCUCACCUUCACCCUCAUCCUCCAGCCCCAGCCCCCGUGUCACGUUGCUGCGAGGAGAUUGAACUCACCCUGCCACCCUCCCCGGCUCCUUCGCACCCCUCCCCGGCUCUAAAGCCAGCCCACGCCCCCAAGCUGGACAUUUCAAACCGAGAACGAGAGAAGCUGAAUCGUUUCCACUGCACAGACAAUCAGGAGCUGGAGGUUUGACGCUGUCCUGGACUUCUGUUUUGAGUUCGUAGCACUUUUUUUGUUGUUGUUGUUGACGACAGGACCUUUGUCCCGUUAUUUCAAGGAGUCCAGCAUGGCCAUUAUGCAGACUGCAGAGACCUUUGACCUUCAUGGCUCUCAGCUGAUUCUUGAGGAAGAAAUGCUGCUAAAACGGAAGAUCAGAAGUCUUUUAUACAGUGGCAUCUUUGGGCAUCAUUUGGUGGCAAAAAAAAAGCUGUUUUUUUUAUUUUUAUUGCAACUUUUGACUGAAAUCUGAACAUUUAAAAACCCGCCUUUGAGUGCCUGCAUUUCAUACAGGAGAGCCCUUUAUCGUGUUCUGAUGCGCCAUCUGACGGGCGUCCAGAACGUCGUUUCCAUUUCUGAAUCAAUGGAUGUUUCGCACUUGGUGACAUUUGGGUUGUUGAGUGUUUGUGAGCGUGCCUGUCAGUGAAUGAAAGAGUGUAAAUUAUGAGUGUAUGUGGUGGAGAAAAGGUCAGAAACAUAUUACUUAAACAGAAUAAAAUAAAGUUGAUCUACUUGUCAAAAAGGGGAGUUUCUGCUCCUGAAGAAAAGGCUUUAAAGCCUCAUGUUUUAAAAAAAAAACAAAAAAACACACUGUUGCCUGUUUUGUCUCUGUAAAAGAUGUAUGUUUUCUUAUUCAUAUUGGCGUGCAAAAAAAAAAGAGAAGCUGUUUUUGUACAUAAAUAUAUUGUACAUAUUGACGCUGUUUUUGUACUGUGGUUCAGUAUGAAAGUAUCACUGUAUUACUUUGCUCCGUUUGUCCCUUUUCACUUUCCGUUCGGGAUGAUGAGCACACGUGGAUUGUAAUAAAAGUGCAUUUACCAAC